AAUAACUAAAUGUAAAUGCAUUAAAGUGUCUAAACGUCAUUGCUCUCCUUUCUCCAAAUUCUCCCAAUGGGCCUAUAAAGGGUUUAGAAAUUACACUGUAUAAUAUUCAAGACCCAUUUGUUUUCUUGUAGAAAUAACUAACAAAAAGAGCGGGAAAUGAAACAGAGGAAAGGUAUUCAUGUCGGCAGAUGUCAGUUGGAGCACGGAGCGGUGGGUGGGGCUAUCAAUUCAUCGCCUGUGAUUGGCUCUCGUUCCGCUCCUGAUACUUCAAGUUGUCCAAUCACAUAGGAGUUCAUGGGUUUGGUCUACGAAAACACACAAUCAGAAGGUUCCGUGUGGCUUUGAAAAUUAGCAUAGCUUAGUCAAUAAAUGAGUCUGUCCGGAGCGUUCUAAUUAUUGACUCGUCAGCAUCACUAUGCCUGAACCAGCGAAGUCUGCGCCUAAGAAGGGCUCCAAGAAGGCUGUUACUAAGACCGCCGGAAAGGGUGGAAAGAAGCGCAAGAGGUCUAGGAAGGAGAGCUAUGCUAUCUACGUCUACAAAGUGUUGAAGCAGGUUCAUCCUGAUACUGGCAUCUCUUCCAAAGCCAUGGGAAUUAUGAACUCCUUCGUCAACGACAUCUUUGAGCGUAUCGCCGGUGAAGCUUCUCGUCUCGCUCACUACAACAAGCGCUCCACCAUCACAUCCAGAGAGAUCCAGACCGCCGUGCGUCUGCUGCUGCCCGGUGAGCUGGCCAAACACGCCGUGUCUGAGGGCACAAAGGCCGUGACCAAGUACACCAGCUCCAAAUAAAACUUCGCCCAAACUCUCCGCGACCCAAAGGCUCUUUUAAGAGCCACCCAUUUUAUCGCAGAAAGAGCGUUUAUAACUUUGAACCGUUGUAACUGUUUUGUAACGUGAUACAAUAGUAUUUAAUUUGAAUGUUGGUUUCAAACUUGCUGCUUGUAACGGCUGUUUUGUGUUCGUUUCUUUUUGUUCUUGUUUUGUUUUUUGACUGACACCCAUUAUGUUAGGCUAGUUUGCGGAAGUUUUAAACCCGUAGCAUAUCACCAUCUGUAAAUAAAACGUUAAUAUGGUUUCGAUGUAAA